AUGGCCCGCCCGAUGCUCUUGCUCAGCCUCGGCCUCCUGGCCGGUCUGCUGCCGGCGCUGGCCGCCUGCCCCCAGAACUGCCAUUGCCACAGCGACCUGCAGCACGUCAUCUGCGACAAGGUGGGGCUGCAGAAGAUCCCCAAGGUGUCAGAGAAGACCAAGCUGCUCAACCUACAGCGCAACAACUUCCCGGUGCUGGCGGCCAACUCGUUCCGGGCCAUGCCCAACCUCGUGUCGCUGCACCUGCAGCACUGCCAGAUCCGCGAGGUGGCCGCCGGAGCCUUCCGCGGCCUCAAGCAGCUCAUCUACCUGUACCUGUCCCACAACGACAUCCGCGUACUGCGCGCUGGCGCCUUCGACGACCUGACCGAGCUCACCUACCUCUACCUAGACCACAACAAGGUGACCGAGCUGCCCCGGGGGCUGCUCUCCCCGCUGGUUAACCUCUUCAUCUUGCAGCUCAACAAUAACAAGAUCCGUGAGCUGCGCGCAGGCGCCUUCCAGGGCGCCAAGGACCUGCGCUGGCUCUACUUGUCCGAAAACACGCUCAGUUCCCUGCAGCCCGGUGCUCUGGACGACGUGGAGAACCUCGCCAAGUUCCACCUGGACAGGAACCAGCUGUCCAGCUACCCCUCCGCUGCUCUGAGCAAGCUGCGGGUGGUGGAGGAACUGAAGUUGUCUCACAACCCUCUGAAAAGCAUCCCGGACAAUGCCUUCCAGUCCUUCGGAAGAUACCUGGAGACCCUCUGGCUGGACAACACCAACCUGGAAAAGUUCUCCGACAAUGCCUUCCUGGGUGUGACCAUGCUGAAACAUGUCCAUUUGGAGAACAACCGGCUGAACCAGUUGCCCUCCAACUUCCCCUUUGACAACCUGGAGACCCUCACCCUCACCAACAACUCCUGGAAGUGCACCUGCCAGCUCCGGGGCCUUCGACGGUGGCUGGAAGCCAAAUCCUCCCGCCCAGAUGCCAUCUGCACCUCGCCUGCCAAGUUCAGGGGCCAGCACAUCCGUGACACAGAAGCCUUCCGCAGCUGCAAGUUCCCCACCAAGAGGUCCAAGAAAGCUGGCCGCCAUUAAACAGGUCCUGACCCAGCCGGUCCUGGUGACUGGCCUUU